GAAAUUGACAUGGAAAGACUUGAGCAUAAGGAAUUAUUAUAUAAAGCAGGAAUCAAUGCAUAAGAUGAAUGAGAAAGCAGUUGGUGAGUUGUGGAAAUUUAAUUGGUGAAGAAUCAUCAUCUUCCUCAGACAGUUUCACCAUACCAGAGUUCUAACCAAAUGGAAGGACAACUGAAUGAUUUGGAGAAAAAAUGGAGUAAGAUGCUUCAAAAUGUGACUGCUCCAAACAUUGAUGAAAUCGAUAAGCAAUGCAUUUAUAAGGUACCAUCAAAUAUUCGUAAAUCUACUCCCAAAGCCUACACACCUCAAAUUGUUUCCAUUGGUCCUUAUCAUCGCAACAGUAAUAAGGCAACUGAAAGCCUUAAACUGAAUGAAAGCCUUAAACUGAAAUAUGUCAAGGCAUUUCUGAAUCGAAGAAAACUAUCCGAAAAAAUAUUGGUUGCCAAAAUUAAAGAGAUAUGCGAAAACAUUAAUAUUAUUCGAAGCUGUUAUGCAGAGACAAUUGAAGGUAACAAUGUUGAUUUCUUGACUAUGAUUUUUGUUGAUGCUUUGUUCAUAAUUGAGAUUUUUCUAAGAUGGAGUGAUCCCCAUGUUUGGGAGGAAAAAGACCACAUAAUGUUAAAACCGUGGAUGCGACUGGAGAUUAAGCAUGACUUGAUGAUACUGGAAAAUCAACUUCCAUUCUUUGUCCUCGAACAACUUUACAACCUCACUAAUGAACCACCCUCCAUAACCAAUGAACCACUUUCCAGUACCACGAAUGAAUCAUUCCGUGAUACCAAUGAAUCACUUCGUGAUACCCCAUCCUUUUUUAAGAUGUGUGUCAACUGUAUACGAACUGGUACGACUUGUUUCAACUGCAUACGUACAAAAGAACCACUCACCAGUACGAAUGAACCACUCACUGGGACGAACAAACCAAUCCUCUCCUUUUGUCAGAUUUGUUUCAACUGUCUUAAGAGCACAAGUUUUGAAACCGAGUGUCCGGAAGAGAGUCCAAAACACUUCACUGAUCUGCUUAGAUCUUCAAUAAUAUCAUCAUCAAAGAUUGAUCAUGGAAAUCAGACUGAAAGCAAAGAAGAUAUUAAACAUGUUUAUAGUGCAAGCCAACUAAUGGAGGCAGGUCUUGAGUUCAAAGUCAGUCCAAAUAAAAGCUUUCUUGACUUGGAAUUAUCUGAAGAUGGAGUGUUGAGCAUGCCAAGCUUGAAUAUAAAUGCCAGUACAUACCUUUAUUUGAGGAAUAUGGUGGCAUAUGAAAGUUGCCACCAUUCGGCUACAAAAAUCAUUACUCAAUAUGUAGCCAUCCUAUAUUUUCUUAUCAAGACUGAAAAAGAUGUGAAUGUACUUGCUGACAAGAAAAUUAUUGUCAAUUGGAGCGGUGAUGCUAAUAAGGUGGUUACAGUAAUCAAUAAUCUGGCUUCAAGUAUGAGUAUGCCAGACUUCACUCCAUACUAUUGCUCCAUCUGCAGUGGCUUAAAUAAUUUCUAUGAAAAUCCUUUCAACAAGUACAAGGCUAUCUUCGUACACGACUACUUUAACACUCCUUGGAAAAAGGCCUCCACUAUUGCUGCAAUUGUGUUACUUUUGCUCACGUUUGUUCAGACUGUAUGUUCAAUCAUCUCAGUGGUUUAAAGUAGUUGAGGAGAGGAUUCAUUAAAUAAGCAAAAAGGAAGUCAAUUGGUGAGGAAAGUAUUUGAUGAUUGUAUUUUGAGUGUCUUAGUAUAAGGAAAACUUUGUGAUGUUAUAUACUGAGUUGUUGCUUUUCUUUCAAUGAAGAUUCAACUUAUUUUCUGAUUUU